UCAAUAAUGACAAAUCUGUCAUAUCAUUUGUGCCGUGUGGUUGUUCGUGGCUCCGUCUUCUAACCGCAUUUUCCUUCAUCGCGUGUGCAUCGCCACGUUGAAUUAAAACAUUCGUUUCAAGUGCUAAUCAAAGAACUGAAUUAAAAAUGGUGUUAGAUCUGGAUCUAUUCCGCAGCGAUAAAGGGCAUGACCCAGAUAAAAUUCGCGAAAAUCAAACGAAACGUUUUAAGGACGUGGCACUCGUCGAGGCUGUGAUUGCUCAGGAUACGGAAUGGAGACAGCGGCGGCAUCGCGCUGAUAACUUCAAUAAACUGAAGAACAUCUGCAGCAAGGAAAUUGGAGAGAAAAUGAAGAAGAAAGAACCAGUGGGAAGUGAAGAUGAACCUGUUCCCGAAGCUUUGGCACAAGAUUUAGACAAAUUGACGGCGGAGGCACUGAAGGGAAUUACUGUGAAUCAAAUUAAGAAACUCCGCAACUUAAUCGACGAAGCGAUCAUCGAGAAUGAGAAAAAACUGCAAAUUGCCGAAUCAUCCCGAAACAGCGCCUUACGAGAAGUUGGCAAUCACCUCCACGACAGUGUUCCAGUUAGUAACGAUGAAGACGAGAACAAAGUCGAACGAACAUUCGGAGACAUUGAAUCUCGCAAGAAGUAUUCACAUGUCGAUCUCAUAGUUAUGAUUGAUGGUAUGAACGGUGAAAAAGGUACCGUCGUUUCUGGUGGACGAGGCUAUUUCUUAACAGGGCCAGCUGUGUUUUUAGAGCAGGCUCUAAUUCAAUAUGCCCUCCAAGUGCUUUUCAAAAAAGGUUACACUCCCCUAUACACACCGUUCUUUAUGCGAAAGGAAGUUAUGCAAGAAGUUGCUCAAUUAUCCCAGUUCGAUGAGGAAUUGUAUAAGGUGAUUGGAAAGGGAAGCGAAAAAGGUGACGAUGGUACAGUUGAUGAGAAAUACUUGAUUGCCACCUCUGAGCAACCGAUCGCCGCCUAUCAUAGAGACGAAUGGAUCGCCGAAUCUGCUCUGCCUAUCAAAUAUGCCGGUCUCUCUACGUGUUUCCGACAAGAAGUCGGAUCCCAUGGUCGUGAUACGCGAGGUAUCUUCCGAGUGCAUCAAUUCGAGAAAGUCGAACAGUUCGUACUGACAUCUCCGCAUGACAACAAAUCCUGGGAAAUGAUGGACGAGAUGAUUGCAAACGCUGAGCAUUUCUGCCAAACAUUAGGAAUUCCAUACAGAAUAGUCAAUAUCGUAUCUGGGGCCUUAAACCACGCCGCUUCCAAAAAACUUGAUCUGGAAGCAUGGUUUGCUGGUAGCGGAGCAUUCCGAGAACUUGUUUCCUGUUCUAAUUGUUUAGAUUAUCAAGCACGCAGACUUCUUGUCCGGUACGGCCAGACUAAGAAAAUGAACGCAAAUGUCGAUUAUGUUCAUAUGCUUAACGCCACUAUGUGUGCAACGACCAGAGUUAUUUGCGCAAUCCUUGAAACACAUCAAACUGAGACGGGAGUUAAGGUACCUGAAGUCUUGAAAAUGUACAUGCCAGAGAAAUACCGUGAUGAAAUUCCAUUUGUGAAACCUGCACCAAUUGAAGUUGAGGCGAACACGAAGAAAACGAAGAAACAGGCAAAGGCGGCGGCCUAAGCAAGGAGGCUUCGAAGCAGCGGACGUGAUAUGCAGCAAUUUAAACAGCACACACAAAACAAAAAGGCAUUUAUUCAAAGUGACGAGUUUGUAGGGCUAUUGCGCUUUCCUUGAAAUACUACGUACUUGUACUAUUUAUUACCAACUUAACAGAAAUUCUCAUGAAACAAUAAAGUUAAAAAAAAAAUAUUAAAUCGCGCUAAAA